AUGAGCUGUGAAGCAAUCAUUGCAACGAUUGUUCAGGGGGCGAGCGUUGACGCUUCCACAACCCCAACAAUCAAGAACCUACUGUCCAAGUAUGCUGCACUUUUAGAUGAUGAGAAGGUCUCUGUACGGGCAUCCUAUCUUGCCCAGGUUUUCCCUUUGCUUUUCGGCGAAAAUGCUAUCUUCCGGGAAUCGGACGGGUAUGAUGCUCAACGUCAAGUUCCCUGGUCAAUCAAUUGCUGGCUCCAGCCAUUAGUUGUGGUCACAGCAACGUCAGCACAGGAAGUCGCAACUACUCUUUCUCUCUGUCGUUUCUUCAACAUUAACUUCUCUGUCCGAGGCGGCGGCCACCUACAGAACCCGGGGUUCACCAGCAAUGAUGGCGGAGUAGUCAUCUCCUUAAGCAAAUUCAAUCAUGUCAAGCUGUCGGAAGACAAGUCUACCGCUGAUGUAGGACUUGGACUGAGGUGGCUUGACGUCUAUAAGGCUCUCGAUCCUUAUGGUCUUGCAGUGGCAGGAGGUCGGAUUCCAACUGUCGGCGUUCCUGGUCUUCUCCUGGGAGGAGGGAUCUCCUUUCAGAACAGUCAGUAUGGAGUGGGUGCAAUGGGCGUAACUAAUUAUGAAGUUGUCCUCGCAGACUCAAGAAUUGUCAAUGCCAAUGCCCAAGAAAAUGCAGACUUAUUCUGGGCCCUCAAGGGAGGCGGUCCUAACUUUGGCAUCGUAACCAAGAUGGACCUGGUGACAGUGCCUACCGAGUCUUGGGCUGAAGCUCGUGUAUACCCUCCAACGGCUUACCCCGAGCUCGCCAAGGGUCUUAUGAAGUACCAUCAAGCAAUUGAAGUCGAUAACAAGGCAUCUCUCGUCUGGCAUGCUACCAGUCAGGCAAUUCUUCUCGUCUUCUUCUACUGUGCACCUGUCGAGAAACCUGCUGCAUUCCAGUCUUUCUAUGAUAUCCCCUUCUUGAUGAACUUUGUGCCGCCCGGCACUCGCUCGAUCUAUGAGCUUGUUCAGGCAGUUGCCUCGGUUAUCUCACCGGAGGUUUUGCAUCAUGAGUUCCGAACAAUGUCCAGUCGGCCGUGUUUAGAGUUGUACGAAGCAACGGAGAAGGUCCGCCGAGAACAACAGGAGGCUUUGAGUGACGUUGAAGGCCUUGUCCUGACCACCGUAUUCCAGCCCAUGUCUUCCUUGGCCAUGAAACAGAGUCAGAAGGAUGGUGGAACGCCUCUUGGGCUAGACGCAGUAGGCCAGCAAUGGUUCCUGUCAAUGGCCGACUGGAAACAUGCGAAAGACGAGGAUCGCGUCCGAGAAGCAGUCCGCAAGAUUGUGGAUGUUGCCGAAGCGACAGCAAAGCAGGCUGGCGCGUAUCUUCCAUACCGGUACUCCAACUAUGCGUCUCGCGAUCAAGAUCCACUAUCCAGCUAUGGUGCUGAGAAUGUAGCAAAGCUUAAGAGCAUUGCUGCAAAGUAUGACCCUGACGGGGUGUUUCAGAAGUUGCAGAACGGUGGAUGGCUGCUUUCGAAGGUAGGGUCGCAGUCAAGGUCUGUGAAGUUGGCAUGA